GUUUUUUGUUGUGUUUUUUGUUAAAUGUAUGUGUGGCAGCGCAGGUGGACUUGGGAAGAUGUAACAGUCGGAGUUUCGGAGAGAAAAAACAUGGACGUCUGCUUUCUGCGUUGGUUGCUUUUCGUCGCUCUGACAACCUGGACGUUAGGCGACGACGGACAAGUGACUUUUGUAUCUGAGCUGUCGUCCAGACCUGCUCAGAAGUUGUCAAAGUAUGGCUGGUAUGCCAACGUCAGGCUGCAGAGGUUCCACAUACCGGAGGAGACCGCCAUCGCUUACUGGCUCUUUUCAGUGAAGAAGGGCCACAGCUUUAACUGCGGACAGCACAACGUCAGCAUCCAUAUUCGAUGGAGCGCCCCUCCGGUCAUAAACCCAACAGAGACGCUGUUUCCAAAUUCAACACUCUGGCACCCCUCUUUGUCUCUAACUCUACCGGUAACCUCCCAGAGCUCCACAACUUUUAACCUCUCUGACCCGGCUCCAGGGGAUUGGUUCGUUGCUGCUCAUUUACCUGAGGAUGACGGGCGCAUAGAGCAGAAGGGUUUCCCCUCCUGCUCCUAUUACUUCCAGCCGCAGCUGUCGGUCAGGAGAGCGGUGGACACGCCAGUUUUACAGCAGGGAACCUUCCUGACACAGACCGCAGCCCCUGACAGACCUGCACGUCUUAAGUUGUUUGUGCCAGAGUUCGCCUCAUCUCUCUCAGUUUCUGUGGCUAAGUGUUCGUCAGGGGAGGCAGCAGAGGGCAGAAAUUGUUCGCUGCUUCUCAGGCUCGGCUCGGCGUCCCUGCAGCACAGCCAGGCUACGGUGAACUGCUCAGGGAGCAGCUGUUCUGCAUCCCUCUCUAACCCUCCGUGGGACACCUGGUUACGGGUUGUUGUGGAGACCAGCCAAGUCAACCAAACAGUAACCUUUAGGAUUGUGUCAAACUACACAGUGGCAUGUAAGCCCAAAAGUGUAGGCCUUAAUGCAGACGACGACAUCACAAGGCUCCUUGGCAAGAGCAGCAUCUCCAACUCGACAUCAACAGGCAACAGCUCAGGGGCUCCUGCCUCAGUCACCUCUAACGGAUCUGAGGCGCUUAUACCUCAACUGUCUGCGUGUGUGUGGAGCAUUCCCAUGCUCUACGAGGAGCUGGACGUUCUGUCGCUCCGCUUCACCCCUGCCAACGGAUCGAACAUCAGCAUCACAGACACGCAACCAACACUGCUCACUUUCCCCCUGCCUACACAGGCUACUGGGGGCACACUCAACCUGCAGCUCACACUCAACUCUACUAAUGCUACGUUGGGGAAUAACCGUAUCGUGGCCUGUUUUUCUCCUUGGGCUCCAGUCCUCGUACUCAACCACUCUGAGCCCUGCCGCACAGCUUUGUUUGGGGGAUAUGGUGUCGGCAUCAACGUCAGUGUCCCUAAAGUUGUGGUCAGGCUGCCUUUCCCUCAGUCCACAACAUGGUACCUCACCCUGCAGCUCGUAUGCAACAGCAGUAACUGUGGAAACUCCACUGUGGUGUCUGUGGUCCCAGAGGUGUCUAUCAGUGCCUGUGUGGAGGAUUGUGGGCCGUAUGGUGAAUGUCGGCUGCUGAGGUCCUACACCUACCUGUACGCUGCCUGUGUCUGCACCGCAGGCUGGAAAGGCUGGGGCUGCACCGACGGUUCCACGGCCCAGUCAUACAGCCGCCAGCUGACAGCGACCAUGUUGCUCACACUCAGCAACCUGUUCUUCCUGCCCGCCAUCGUGGUUGCCAUCAGACGCUCCUACAUCACCGAGGCCUCCGUCUACCUCUUCACCAUGUUCUUCUCUACGUUCUACCAUGCAUGUGAUCAGCCAGGUGCAGCGGUUCUGUGCAUCAUGGACUACGACGCCCUGCAGUACUGCGACUUUCUCGGGUCAAUCUGUGCCAUCUGGGUCACCAUCCUCUGCAUGGCUCGCAUUGGAGACACAGCCAAAUAUACUCUGUUUUUGCUUGGUGCCUUGUUGAUAGCCAUGUCGAUGCAACUGGACCGCAAGGGCCUGUGGAACCUGCUGGCCCCCAUCCUUUGUGCCAUACUUUUAAUGGUCAUUUCCUGGGUGUACAGGGGGGUUCGCCGCAGACACUGCUACCCGCCCUCUUGGCAGCGAUGGGUCUUCUACCUGAUCCCCGGAGCGCUCUGCUCCCUCGUCGGAGUGUGUCUGUACAUAUUUGCAGAGACUGAGAGCAACUACUACUACACACACUCGCUGUGGCACAUCCUGGUGGCCAGCUGCGUGGUGUUUCUGCUGCCACCCAAGGAGAAGGACAGGAAGGGGCUGGGCUGGAGCCAGGGCUUCAACUGGAGCUGGAGGUGGAGCUGGAGACCACGGGUUUGUGGAUACACGCUCUGUGAGAGCAGCAAAGAUGAACUCUAUACAGUCACAUAGCAGAGAAGGAGUUAUUGUAAGGAGGCAAAGUGGGUAGUUACUGAUUUCCUGUCAAUGUUCAUGAGCAGCAGACAUUCACAAGAAUGGUGUGCCUGCUGGAAGAUCUAGAACCUGACUCUUCAGUGAGUCAGUUCCCUGAAUGAGGCAAUUUCCAAUCAAGGCUGUAUAAUUGUGUUCUCAAAGGUCCACCUAUAUUUCGUAUUUACAUGUACUUUAAGUGGAAAAGGGGUCUUCGAUUGAGAUUAAAAAAACAUAUGCAUCUAUAUGCUCCUUUUACCCCACAUCCAAUCUGCUGCAACCUCUCAAGCGAGGCACCAAUUUGAUUUUAUAUGGCCGAUUUCUCGGUGUUUGUAACCGUUUGACCUGCCAAUACAGAUUUUAGCUUAGUCCAUUUUCCUUUUAUGGAUUAUAGGUACCAAAUACUGACUGUACAGCUUUCUGUCUGUAAGCUGUAUUUAAUAGUUUAAUAGAGGUGACAUCACACUGUGUGUGUAGCACAGUGGUCGUUGUAAAGCAGGGUUAACUAUUAUUUUAGAACAAAGACAAAAUGAUUAGAGUUGACAUUUUAAACCAUCUUUAACAUCUUAAAUUAGAACGGUUAGUCAGGUUAAAUUUUGUAACUGGAAAGAGCAUCCAGUUCUGAGAAUGCAGACCCAAACCCAAAGUUUCAAAAACUCCAAAUCCAUCAUGUUCCAGCAUGGCUGAGGGUGAAAGCUAGAAAUUAUUUUUAAAAAACUAUAAAACCUAAGCAACUUUGCUGUAGUACCUUCAAACUUCCUGUUAUCUGCUGAAGUGGACGCUCGGUCAAUCCACACUUUGCUAAUUCUAAAAAAUUACAUGGACACGAAUUGACGUUCUGUAGGAGAUGGCUUCUUUUCUUUCCAGAUAAAAAUUGGGUUUACAAAAUGACCAAAACUGCAAAUAUAUGAAAUUACAAAGAGGUGGAAUGACCAGUUGCCACCGAAGUCUAGCAAAGGAGCCAUUGGAUAGAAACACUGCAUUCAACACAUUGUACCAUGUUAAACUAACUUGUUACGAUGAUCUGAUUUCAGUAUCCCUGAAAAAUAAACCAAUAAUUAAAUAGCUCUUUGUUACGGCAGACUGAAUUAACAGCCGGCAUGCCUCAGUAGACAAUCCACUUUCCUUUUAAAAUCACUUCUAACGUCUUUUGUGCUUCCUCUGACUUGAUUUUAAACACCCCACUGAUGUUGAAAAUUGCAAACUUUGAGUGUCCUUCCUUCAGUAACAACUUCCCACUAAAAAGUGUUGUUUUAAGCAUGACCUCUUAGCAUUUAGGUGCAUUCACUGGAAAAAAAUAGGACGUUUCUGCCCCUGAAUGGCUGGUUGUUGGUUGGGACUGGACCAACUGAAAAGGAUGUAAAUUCAGUCAGCAGCUUAUUUCUCUGUUCUUUUUACUGUAGAGUAGUUUGUUGUUUGUGCUCAGGUUCCCAACCACUACAGGUGUGUACUACAAAGCAGGAUUAAUGGCUUAACUGGAGAGUUGAAUCUAAAGUAACAUUAGAUGCGCCAUAACCACAACGCCACUCGUGUUAGUGUACAACAGAUCCUAAAUGAGUGCUGAAAUGUCUUUUUUAAGAUAUAUUGAACAAACAUUGUGACUACCAUUGAAAACUCUCUGAUUAAAGCUGUAGUUUCUGUCAAGCCAGCUAACAUUUCAAUCUCCAGUUUUAUAGAAAUCUUUCAUAUGCCAAUACCAAUUUUUAUAAAGCAGGACAGCUUCCAAAAUAUUUUUCCUGGCUUAAUAAUCUAUUUUAAACAAAGACAAAAUUAUAACAAAUUUUACAUUUUAAACUUAAAGCCUUUACGUCAAGUCUGAGAUUUGACAAAAGGCUGCCAGCAUUUCCAAAUCCAACAUGUGUUAAAUGGAGCUACUAUGCUGUACUCUGUUCAGCCUUCCUGUUAUCUGCAGAAAGUCUAGCUCUUGCGUGCUAUAUCGCACCAUGAACAAACUACAGACCUUCGGACUUCGUUUUAUGCACAUUUACUGAUCGUUUAGUCAUAGUGCGGUCACUGAUGGGGAAAAAAGAUCCAGUCUUUGAUCAAAAAUAUCCAAUUCUUGUUACUAGCUGAUUUCUCAAUGGAUCUUUGUUUGUAGUACCUGUCUCCUUAAGGUAAACAAGAAGGAGACUGUAUUUAUGCAUUUUAUUAGUGCGGGACAUAGGGGUCUAAAAACAAUAUUGUUUAUGAAUAUUUUAAAGUUCUUAAUUCUCAGUUCGUCUACGCAGAGUAUGCUUUAUGAACGAUGUAAUGUGUUUUUGUUUUUCCUCAUAGGUCUGGGUUAUGUUGGAAGAGUUAAAAACUCCAGAUGAAAUUUGAAUGAUUAUUUACUGCCAGGUACUAAUAUUAUCUAACUUGUGCUAUGAUCUGUUGCAUUUCUUUGAAAAAUACAACUCACAAGUCCACCUAAAUGCAAGAAACUCUUGCAUUGCUAAAUUCUCCUCAUCACAAUCACUUGUUGUGUCUUCACGCAGCAUCAGAAGUCUGAUAAUCACAUCUCAAUCUCAUGGCUGCAGAUCAGAACAACCUGGAGCUUCUUACCUGUGACAAGGAAAACAAUGAAGAAAAUGCAUGAAUAAUUCAGAUUUACUGAAUCUGUCAAUUGGGUAAGAAGAAAUCUUUCUGAACCUUCCUAAAAAGGCAGUUUAUGCAGUAAACGCAGCAUCGUUUGCUAUUCCUGAACUGACAAGACAGACUUAACUAGGGCUGCACCAUAUUAGAAAAUCUUGUGAUGGCGAAAAUUAUGGUAAAUAAUGCAAUGAUGAUAUCAGUUGCGAUAUAUGCCUAUUUCCUCCUUUCCUCUCCUUAUCUGGGCUUUCAUCGCUUUGUGACCUUUAGCAUUUUGAGUGAUGUCAUUUGUGUCCAGUGUGAACAUCUGCUGCCAUGAGACUGUAUACAACUGGCUAAAUAUUACAUUAGCAUCUAAAAUGGACGUUUCUAAUACUUGGAAUGUAUUAGCCCACAGUUACUGCACUCCACACAUCCCUUCGUGAUAUGAAUAUGGCACACACUGAUGUUGCAGCGAUGAUGUAUUUAUCAUAUAUUGUGCAGCCCUACUCUUAACUCACUCAUGUGUCUUUAGUAAAAUAACCUUCAUGUUGAGAACAAUUCUGGAGGCUGCCAUGACAACUGCGUCUGUCUCCAGAUUUCUUUUAAAGCUGCUAGCCAGACCUUUCUAGGACAUUCAUUCAUUCACUAUUCAAAUUGUAAAUGUAGUUUGUUUGAUUUUUACUGUAAACUGUUUUAAUCAAGAAAGAACCUACCCUUCCAGGGAUUCAUGCAUCUGGUGACUCAUAAGGCAUUUGAUGAGCUUUAUUUGCUUUUGUACACUUCAAAAUUUCUUUUUUACUCUUUAAUCAAGAGUUUUUCAUCCAGCUGGAGUCAAACUCUGGCUCAUACAUGUAAAGUUAAAUCCCUUGCAGCUCAAGUGCUACUGGAGUCUGUCCGAAUCUGUCUAAAAAGUGUCUUGUCUGCGUAGUGUUUACCAGUGCUAGGUGAUGAGCUCCAUCCUUGUGCCUCUUGUGAUGUCAUCAACCCAAAUGCAUGCAAACCAGAAUAAGCUGGGCGGUUUGUUUUUUUUUUUUUUCUCAAAAGUUUAAAAAAUAUAUUUUGUGAAAUCUUGCAGCUGAAAUUCAUGCUUCAUUAUUCAACUGCGUUUUUAUUAGUUUUUCACUAACAUAUACACACUAACGUGACUGGAUAGGAUCUUUUAAUAAACUAAGUCUGUUAAUCUGUGUGCAAAUUACGAGAUGGAAUAUUCUGCCAUGAAGGAUGCCUCCUCGUAGAGUUAAAGCUAAAGCAACAUUUUCUGUUUACCCACAUCCCAAAGCGCUAACUCCCUGGUGAAUAGCUGAAUGUUUUCCUGUUUUCACUCUUAUCUUUCGGUCUGAAGCACUUUCCGUCUAACAUCAUAUGUGUACAAAUCAGCACUCAGUGAAUGUAUACUAUCAUUACUGCCCAGUGCCUCUUCCUUUCUUUUUGUGAUUGCACUUUACAUGCGGUAUGGGGGUCUGUCGGCAGAUGGGAGGGGCAUCGGGGCGCAUCAUCUGCACUAGUAAAGCUACUGAACUCCUACUAUAUUUACUCCAAAGUCAAGGUUCGUCAUGUAGUUUCGUGUUUUCAUUAGAUUUUUGUUUUCUUUUUAAAGCUCUCUGUUGUGAUGUGGCACAUCUAACCACUGAUUGUCCAAGAUUUGCACAGCCUUUCUUUUAUUGUUUAGGUUGUUUCUUUAUAUUGUGCAAGUUUGUCACACUGAAACUAGAAUAUGGGGGGGGGGGGGAGUAAAUGACCAUUGUAACUUGAUGGGUUUUUUUUUCUCAUCAAAGUUGGAAAGUGUGCUUUCAUUCUGUUAUUUGUAAAAACAGAAUCAAGCCUUGGAAAAUAAAUCUACUGUGCAAGAAGAA